AUGUCAAAUAUCAGAUGGCAUGAUGCAAGAACAUAUGAUUGUAAGUCCAAAACUGGAGGACCUAAUGGUUCUAUCCGUAAUGAGGAACAGUUCACUCAUAGUGCUAACAAUGGCUUGAAUAUCGCUCUUGAAUUUUGCGAAGAAGUGAAGGCUGAACAUCCAAAGAUUACAUAUGCAGAUCUAUACCAGGAAGAAAUUAAAGGAGUUCAGUACACAAAGGAACUGAUCGUAAGACUCAGUUCCCAAAUAGUCUUUGUGGAAGGUGUUGUAGCAGUUGAGGUCACUGGUGGUCCAACCAUCGACUUUGUCCCUGGUAGGAGGGAUUCAAAGAUUUCUCCAAGGGAAGGACGUCUUCCAGCUGCUAAACAAGGUUUUCCUGGACUACCAAUUCCUUUUUAA